CUGCACCUGAGAACAGAGGGGCGGCCUGUCUCUGUCUGUCUGUGUGAUGGGCGACAGCACAGGUAAGUACCAGCUGCACGACCCCUGCACCUGAGAACCGUCUGUCUGAUUGAUCCUGAGAGGAGUUGAGUUUGUUCCGUAGUAAACGGCUGUAUCUUAAGGACCUGCUUUUCCAGCUUCUAUAAAAGCUUGCAUUGAGAUUUUGCUACAGGGAGCUCGGUGUGCAUGCCACUGUGUAAACCGGCUUUGAGACAGCCUUGUUUGGUCCGUUAUAUUCUAGAUCAGCUCUGUUUAAUUUAGAUCUACGUUCACUUGUGCAGGAAUUUGUAAUAAUUAUUAUUGUUCAGCCCAUGAACUUUGUCCUGCCACUAAUGAAGCUUGUUGUAGGUGACAUUUUAAAGCAGUUUUCACCAUGUGAAUAACUUGAUUUGAGCUACUUAGUGAACAUUGCUUAACCUUUCCCUUACACCUAGCUGUUGAAAAGUUUACUGAUUUUCUGUGAGCUUUAUCAGUAUUACUGUGGGAGAGACAGGGUUUGUUAGUUUUCAAUUGGAGCGUCUGAAGCACAGGGCAGCAAUGUGGUGUGCUCAAGGUCGUGUGCCCUGUCCUGUGCUGGCAGCAGUGUGGUGUGCUCAAGGUCGUGUGCCAUGCCCCGUGCUGGCAGCAGUGUGGUGUGCUCAAGGUCGUGUGCCCUGUCCCGUGCUGGCAGCAGUGUGGUGUGCUCAGGGUCGUGUGCCCUGUCCCGUGCUGGCAGCAGUGUGGUGUGCUCAGGGUCGUGUGCCCUGUCCCAUGCUGGCAACAGUGUGGUGUGCUCAGGGUCGUGUGCCCUGUCCCGUGCUGGCAGCAGUGUGGUGUGCUCAGGGUCGUGUGCCCUGUCCCGUGCUGGCAGCAGUGUGGUGUGCUCAAGGUCGUGUGCCCUGUCCUGUGCUGGCAGCAGUGUGGUGUGCUCAAGGUCGUGUGCCAUGCCCCGUGCUGGCAGCAGUGUGGUGUGCUCAAGGUCGUGUGCCCUGUCCCGUGCUGGCAGCAGUGUGGUGUGCUCAGGGUCGUGUGCCCUGUCCCGUGCUGGCAGCAGUGUGGUGUGCUCAGGGUCGUGUGCCCUGUCCCGUGCUGGCAGCAGUGUGGUGUGCUCAAGGUCGUGUGCCAUGCCCCGUGCUGGCAGCAGUGUGGUGUGCUCAGGGUCGUGUGCCCUGUCCCAUGCUGGCAACAGUGUGGUGUGCUCAGGGUCGUGUGCCCUGUCCCGUGCUGGCAGCAGUGUGGUGUGCUCAGGGUCGUGUGCCCUGUCCCGUGCUGGCAGCAGUGUGGUGUGCUCAAGGUCGUGUGCCAUGCCCCGUGCUGGCAGCAGUGUGGUGUGCUCAAGGUCGUGUGCCCUGUCCCGUGCUGGCAGCAGUGUGGUGUGCUCAGGGUCGUGUGCCAUGCCCCGUGCUGGCAGCAGUGUGGUGUGCUCAGGGUCGUGUGCCAUGCCCCGUGCUGGCAGCAGUGUGGUGUGCUCAAGGUCGUGUGCCCUGUCCCGUGCUGGCAGCAGUGUGGUGUGCUCGAGGUUGUGUGCCCUGUCCCGUGCUGGCAGCAGUGUGGUGUGCUCAAGGUCGUGUGCCCUGUCCCGUGCUGGCAGCAGUGUGGUGUGCUCGAGGUUGUGUGCCCUGUCCCGUGCUGGCAGCAGGGCGCUCCAGUGACUCUCUGCCCUGUGCUCCUG